GACAGUCAGACCCACGGAGGAGAAAGAGAGAGAGAGAGUUUGCGGGAGGUGGAGUUUCCAAGGUCCGAUCCUCCGCGCCCCCACCCAGUCCCUGACCAAGCAAGCAUGUUGUGAGCAAUCAAUCGUCAGGGGCAUUGGCAGCCGAGCUGCAACCAACCAACCUACCAGCGAACCAACCUUGACGCAAUCGGGACGGGGAAUCGUAUACUGGAGCUAUGGCCAUGACCCAGAAGAUGGUGCGGAGCUCCCAUGCUGCGUUGCAAGCUGCGGGGUUUUCUGGGCGCGCUGGGGACCACUGCGGAGUCGCCUCGUUCGGGGCCCAGCUCAGGACUCGUUUCGAGAAUGAGUUUCUGGGCUGCUCCUGGUCACACCGAGCGGCGAAUGGCUCUGUGCAAAGAAGGGGGAGUGCGGGCAAGGCUUCAGUUCAAGCAACGCUUACCGAAGAAAGACCAUUUGUGACAACUGUUCCACCUACUGAGAAGUCUAACAAAGCAUUGGCUUACGAGCUUAUACAAGGUGCUUUGGCACGAUGGUGCGAGGUACGAGACCGAGCAACUCCAGAACCGCCUACUGCUGUCCUUUUGCAUGGCAUCUUGGGAGGACGUCGGAAUUGGGUAUCCUUUGCCAAGAGGCUUGCUCAAGAGUUUCCAACCUGGCAGUUUCUGCUGGUGGAUCUCCGAUGCCAUGGUGAAUCAGCCUCUCUUAGGAAGCGUGGACCUCAUUCUGUGAUGUCUGCAGCCCGGGAUGUCCUGCAGCUAAUGGGACAGCUGAGGCUUACUCCUCGUGUCUUGAUAGGGCAUAGCUUCGGCGGUAAAGUGGCCAUGAGCAUGGUGGAUCAAGCAGCCAAACCUCUAGCUCGUCCUAUUCGAGUGUGGGUUUUAGAUGCUACACCUGGCAAGGUUCGAUCUGGUGGAGAUGGUGAGGAUCAUCCCGGGGAACUGAUUGCAACUCUUCGCAAGAUGCCAGCCUCGCUUCCUUCAAGAAGAUCUUUAAUCGAUGCCCUUUCUCACCAGGGAUUUUCUGCGAGUGUUGCUCAGUGGAUGACGACAAACUUGAAAGCUGCCAAAGCAGAAGGUCGUUCAGGAUAUGAGUGGGUGUUUGAUCUGGAAGGCAUCGCUGACAUGUAUAAAUCCUAUGAAGAUACAAAUUUGUGGUCAUUGGUGGACAACGUUCCAGAGGGGGUUCACAUAGACUUUUUAAGAGCGGAGAGAAGUUUGCAUCGUUGGGCCCACGAAGAUGUGCAAAGGAUUCAUAUGGCUGAGCAGAUUGCAUCCACAGAAGGUGCAGGAGUGCAAAUGCAUGUGCUUGAGGAUGCUGGUCACUGGGUACACACGGAUAACCCGGAUGGGCUAUUCAGAUUAUUGACCCCUACCUUUGGCGGCACAAAUUUCAUGAGAUUUUGAAAUGGCAGUAUUGACGCAUUUGUUUACCUUUGUUGCCUCGUCACAUUGAUGGGAACCUGACAACCGUGUCUUCAACAAAGAGUGCUACUUGAAUAGAUCAGAUUCAUCUUGUAAUAAUUUUAGGAUAUUUUACAAGCGGGUCGUCGACUCUUGCAUGCUUGUUGUGCUCAGAGUUGUACAAGAGCUGUGGGUGCUGGGGAACAGUUCUUGCACUGCAAGAGAUAGCUUCUAAUUGUCUUGGGUCGUACUCAAGUGAGGCUGUUGCUGGCCAAGCUCUUGUAUAUUAAUGAUAGGAGGUUCAACAGUAGUUGGUGGUGGAGGUCUACACUUCCAAGAACGUAUACUGAGUGUAUUUAUAUUUCCCUCCAAAAUGCUUGCAAGCAAAUUUUCCAAUUUUUGUAAA